CUAGGCCGGGGUUGCUGCUGUUGCUGUUGUUGCUGCUGCUGCUGUUGCGGGAGGUUGGCCGACAAAACAUCACCACAUCAACAUCGUGGAGGAUUCACUGUUUCAUUCCCACGAAACACAUAAUCCGACUCGGUAUUGGAUUAAUAUUUAGUCAAUACCAUGGCUGGACGUGUGCGCCAACCCAUUGACACUGGGGCGCUGGAGAGAUGGAUUUCCAAGAAUGUUCCCCAGAUUGAGGUGCCCUUGGACGUCAAGCAGUUCGGCUUUGGCCAAUCCAACCCGACCUACCAAUUGACCGCCGCCGACAGCCGCCGCUAUGUUCUCCGCAAGAAGCCGCCAGGACGGCUGCUGUCCAAGACGGCACACAAGGUCGAGCGCGAGUACCGCAUCAUCCACGCCCUCGAGAAUACCGACGUACCCGUGCCUAGGGCGUACUGCUUGUGCGAGGACACCUCUGUCAUCGGAACGCCCUUCUACAUUAUGGAAUUCCUCGACGGCCGCAUAUUUGAGGACCCGGUAAUCCCCAGUGUCCUGCCCGAGAACCGCCGCGCCAUUUGGGCCGACGCCGUUCGCACCUUGGCCAAGCUGCACCGCAUCGACCCGCGCUCCAUCGGCCUCGAGACUUUCGGCAAGCCCUCGGGCUUCUACAAUCGCCAAAUCGCUACCUGGCGCUCUGUGUGCGACGCCCAGGCCGCCGUCCGCGAUGUCGAGACCCGCGAGACCGUCGGCCCGCUCCCCCACUUCGCCGACCUGAUGGCCUUCUUCUCCGACGAGCGCCAGCAGCCCGCCGACCGCGGCACCCUCAUCCACGGCGACUUCAAGAUCGACAACCUCGUCUUCCACAAGACAGAGCCCCGCGUGAUCGGCAUUCUCGACUGGGAGAUGUCCACAAUCGGCCACCCCCUCUCCGACAUCUCCAACCUGCUCACCCCCUACUUCACCGCCCGCCUCGACCCGCGCCGCUCCGUGAACGUCCACCCGGGCUUCCUCCCGCGCGCCACGCGCGGCCUGCCCGACCCGGACGAGAUCACGACCCUCUACUUCAGCGUGGCCGCCGCCCCCUCCCCCAGCAACCCGCCGCCCACCUCCUCCCUCGAACUCAGCCUCCACAGCAGCAGCCACCACCACCACCACCACCAUGGCAGCCACACCAGCGGUGGCGGUGGCGGGUCGGAGAACCCGGACAAGCGCCGCGAGCUGCAGUGGGCGCAGGCGUUCAACAUCUUCCGCCUGGCCGCCAUCUGCCAGGGCAUCGCGGCGCGGCAGGCCGGGCGGCAGGCGAGCAGCGAGCAGGCGCGGCGGUACGGCGACGCGCGGGCGCCGCUGGCCGAGUUUGCGUGGGAGCUGGUGCAGAGCGCGCGAUCGGCUAGCGGUGGGGGCGGAGGUCAUGGGGGUGGUGGUGGGCAUAACGGUGGGGGUGGUGGGCAGGGGGGGCAUGGAGGUGGUAGUGAGAGUGAUGGGAGCGGUGGUGGUGGUGGGGAGGGGAGGGAAUCGAAGCUGUGAUUUGUUUUUUUUUUGAGUCUUGGUUUAUUUCCGUAUGUUUGUUUAUCAUGGUUUGGUUUUCAGUUCCUCCCUUUCCUCUUGGUUGUCUGUGGUGUGGUGGAGGCAAGGGCGGCGGGCAUUGCAUGUGUGGGAGAGAGAGCAUACUAGAGCACGGUAGAGCAUAUAUCGCGCUAGAUUAGACCUACCAAGUACGCACGAGGAGUGGCCGGCAUCGCAAGACAAGCAAGCACGCAUAUAUGUGAUGAUGCUAUACAUUCCUACCCAGACGUACCCUCAAAACCCAUCCAGUUAUCCCUCGACGCUUCUAGAGAAUGAUGCUGAAUAUGUAGUUAUUUACUUAACCUCUCCACAGCACCCAGUAAACAAACAAGACACCCAUCAAUGCGACUUGAUAUGUAUUCCCCGCUCAUGAUAAACUACCUAACUAGAUAAAAAGGCACGGCGCGGUGCCCAUUCGCUGC